UACUGGCACUCCUGGAUGCAAGCACAGCCACAGAACAAGCAAAUGACGAAAUUACAGACGAAAUGGACUCUGCUUUCUCCUGCUUUGUCUACAACAAUAAUUAUUGUGGAAAAUAGCAGUUUAUGGUGUUUAAUUCAAUUUUCUAGUAUAUAGUUGACUUUUAACUUCUGGAUUUUUACAGAUGUCUACCUCAAUGGAUGGCGAAGAUGAUGUAAAUAGUCAGGAUGAGCUGAGUGAGAUAGAGGCUCGUCUCUACUCCAUAGUCCACUACAACGAUCUCUCGAAGCCGCUGGACGAGAGCAUCGCUUCUCAAUACGACAUCGAGGUCACCGCCGAUCAGCAGAUCAUAGUCACUCUCAAAGGUCAACCUGAUGAGGGGGGUGAGGCCAGUGAAGCCAAGCGACAGAAACUGAGUGAAUUUGGGGGUAGCGGUGACUGUGCUACGGACCAAAAAAAUAAUCAAAGUAGUGCUCAAAGUGAUGGAAUUUUAGGAGAAAUUGAUAAGGACAAAAUUACUUCACAAACUAAAACUUUAGGAGAUAUUGAUAAAGGAGACGGUGAUGUUUUAGUUUUAACCGUAGAAGAAUCUGAAGGCUUAGAUAACACAUCUGAAACAAAUCCUCCAAAACCUGAUGAAAGGAGCAACCAUCAACGAUUUGACCCCGCUGUUGACAAUAGUGUGAGUAAUAAGGGUAAUGAAUCCUUUAACGGUGGUGUUAGUCCGGGUAAAAAGAAGAAGAUUAAAAAGAGAGGGAGAAAGAAAGACAAUGAGUGGGUUGUUGAUUUAACGUCAGAUAACGAGGAUUCUGAUUGUCUAGUUGUUAGUGACGAAAAAAAAGGUAACGUGGAGGAUGAUGGUUUGGUUUUAAAUGUAUUGGGUGAUGUUGAAAUUGAAAAUGAAAAUUCACUUCCGACUACAAAUAAGACUGAAGAAAAAAUUGUUGAAGGUGAGAAAAGUGCGGGGAGAGUUGAUGUGAGUGGAAAAACUGUUGCUAAUGGAAGUGUGGAGCGAGAACGUUUAAAGUCGAACAAAAAACAAAGAAGAUCGAGAAUAAAGAUGAAAAGGAAAAGUUUCAAUUGUCCGAAAACGUGGACGGCGUCAAUGGUGAAAUUCUACUGUAAGACUUCUAAACUACGAGAAAAUUUCAAUCAUGAUACGCUCCUCGUCAAAAUGAGAGCCAGCAACAUUCCGCGUGACAAGUGGGUUGUCUCGAAAGUGGACAAGCGGCCGCCCAACAACCGGCUGUCCCACACGCGGUGCGACCGCUGCCGUCAGUUCGGUCACGUGAGCCGCUUCUGCAUUGAGCCAGUCAAGCCCAUCAUCUGCUACAUGUGUGGGGGCCACGGACACCGCGAGAGCAGGUGUCCUGAGCGCAAGUGCUUAAAUUGUGGCAGAGAAAGUGACAUCUAUGUGGAGAUGUGCGCCGAGUGUCAUUGCGCCAUCAGCGAAGGCAUCCUCUACUGUGCGAUCUGCAACAGUCUCACUCACCACACUAAUCUCUGCCCCAACCUCUGGAGGGCAUUCCAUAUGACUACAACAUCGGGCCCCCUAAUGGUGCCGCACACGGACAUGAGCCGACGAAAGUUACACUGCUCCAACUGCGCAAGCGAAGGUCACAUGUUCCACGAAUGCCGCAACACGUUCCACGUGACCCCCUUUGCGCUGUGCGCCGUCUCACCUGUUGUGCCCGACUACAGCCGUAUUGCGCAGCACUUUGCGCAGUUGCGUGGCGACCAGCACUUGUGUAUUGCGCUCCAGUUGAGGAACGACCAGUAUCAACGGUUGGCAGCAGCUGAGGGAUGCUCGUUCCUGCAGGAGUUGAGUGAUACGGAGAAUGUGACUCUUCGCAUGCAGGAGCAGAGCUUGACUAUUGAGGGGGAGCAUGAAGCCUACUACCCGGUGUGUAGGGCGGUCGCCAUGUUUCUGGCUCAGGGUAACUGUGAAACUGUUGAAACUGUUUCUCUUUUGGAGUGAUAGAGGUAAUCAGUUGCAGUGUCUGAAUACUGUUGUAGGGUAAUAACAGUUCUGUGUAACUGUUUCAUUGGUCAUCUAUUAGGGUUAUCACAGUUACACUGUUCCUUGGCCAGGAUAACCGCUAGAAUACUAGAUAACCGCUUAAUCAACAGAUCUCAAAAUGGAAAUUCAUCCCCAGUUAUUCUUAAGAGAUUCCGUAUGUAAAUAGAUUGGAAACGAAAUCCAUAUAGGUGGCUGUGCUACUUCAACUGGUGACCUUGUCAAAAAUGUACUCUGGUUAAUCUGGGGUUAACUAUUGCAACACCUACUUAUAGAAUAUUAGUGAUAUGUUGUUUUUAGGAAGUCCCUUUUAACUGCUCGUGCUAUAGUGAUCCUCCUCUUUAGAAACGUAUAACAUACUUUACUGUAUUGAUGGAAGAGUACACCUGACAGAUUGUUAUCAUGCAGUUGUGAACAGGUCACUUAAUGUAUUUAUUAAUUGAAUAGAGCAAAAAAUACAAUUAGAAAAACUAAUUUAUUGACCUAGUUCUUUUCUCUUUCUUAUUCGCUUCAGUUUAUUUAAUAUUGAGAACAUGCUAGUUAAUUUUGAAGAUCUGAUUCAUUGAUCUAGUUUCUUCUCAUUGUGAUCAAUUUAAUAAUAAACAUGAGCGAGUUUUUUCGAGUUAACCCAUCUAUUUCACAAUUAUUCAUCCAUAUUCUUUGUUACCAUUCAUUUAAGUAAGCUAGGCAGGAAAUUGUAUCCUUGUCUUGAAAUAUGAUAUUUGAAAAUCAAUUUCAAUCUAAAUGUCGAAAUAUUUGUCACAUUUUUUUGCCUGUAGCAUUUAUCUUAGUAAUGUAGGAGGGGAAUUAUUGUGAAGAUAGUUCAGUCACGAGAAUAGGUAUGGCAAGUGAAGAAUACGUGAAGCCUACGUGUGGUUGGCUGCCCUGUUGAUUAGUGCAAAACAUACAUCAAGAGAAACAGAGCAAAUAUUCCCUUCUCAUGCCUCUACAAUUUAAAACAUAUAUAUGAACUAUCUAUGACAUUAU